AUGGCUUCUCUAUUCUUUGCAGAUGAUGUGGUUCUGUUGGCUCGAGGUGGAGCAGCUCAGGACAGAGAACAAGAGGCCAGAGGCACAGACAGAAGCACACAGGAAUUCCGCUGGCUGGCUUUAAGGACAGACAGAACCGCCCUGGAGGGUAGAGUCUUUGGCAAAACCAAGUUGCAGGAGGGUCACAGAAACAGGCAGCUCCAGACCCCCACCAACCUCCUCCUCCUCUCUCUGGCUGUCUCAGAUUUCUUCAUGGGCUUCGUCAUGUGCUUUCAAGUUGUGCUAAUAGAUGGCUGCUGGUUCCUCGGUGACCUCAUGUGUAUUCUGUAUUAUGUUAUAGACUAUAUUAUUAGCUCUGCCUCGAUAGGAACCAUGGUGCUCAUAUCUGUUGACCGCUAUGUGGCUAUUUGUGAUCCCCUACAUUAUCCCACUAAAGUCACACAGAAAACAGUUACGAUGUCUGUUUGUCUGUGUUGGAUAUGUUCUGCUUUCUGGAACAUUUUGGUGCUGAAGGAUAACCUGGAACAACCAGGCAGGUAUAAUUCGUGCUCUGGAGAGUGUAUUAUUGUCAUUAACUACAUUGCUGGACUUGCAGAUUUUAUUUUGUCCUUUAUUGGUCCUGUCACUGUCAUCAUAGUUCUGUAUAUGAGAGUCUUUGUGGUGGCUGUGACUCAGGCUCGUGCCAUGCGGUCUCAUAUUGCGGCUGUCACUCUACAGUAUUCAGGGAGAGUAACUGCUAACAAAUCUGAAAUGAAAGCAGCCAGGACUCUUGGUGUUGUUAUUGUUGUGUUUCUGAUAUGCUUCUGCCCAUAUUUUUGUAUCACACUUACAGGCCAAGACACCUUGCUCAAUGUCUCAUCUUCUGCCUUUGUAAUAUUUUUGUUCUAUUUCAAUUCCUGUCUUAACCCUAUGAUCUAUGCCUCUUUUUACCCCUGGUUUAGAAGAUCUAUUAAGCUAAUUUUUACACUGAAGAUACUGCAGCCUGGCUCCUGUGACACCAACAUACUGUAGAGAGAGACGCUGCGUGGUGGCUGAAAUUAGACAGAAAAAUGUAUUUGGUCACUUUGGUGCGAAAUUGAAUAACAGCUGUAAAAGUCUGGGUACAGUGACCUUUGUAAGAUGAUUUUUACAUGCAGAUAAUAUGUGUAUUUGCAUUGUGUAUGUACAAUAUACAAUAACUUCUUGACAUUUUAAAAACCUUUGACAAGCAGCUCUUUCUUCUAGAACGAUGGCCUCCACCCUAGAAGAACGGAUGUAUGCAUUUUAUACAUUUCUAACACUCCUACACACUGACUACCAUUAAUCACUUCCGGUCGCCCAACACAAGCAC